ACCACAGAGGAGUCCUUUGAGUUUUUUCUUCUUUUCUUCUCAGACACUUUCGUGACAAAGCGAGUCUUUGAGUACGUGUUCAGCGGGCGGCGCUGUAAGGCGAAACAAGCGCGCCCUGCAUCUCCGCUGGGUUGUCUGCCGUCGUCAGAGACGAGCUCGCGGUCAGCGGAACAACAGCAGCACAUUCGACUUCCAUCCUGGAACUGAGAUUUAUCCCGGGUUUAAUGCAUGGAGAAAGGUGACAUUGUAUGGAAUGGCAACCUCACAGAGAUUUGAUUCUAAACCGGCUGCUCGGUUUGCUGACAUGGAGUGGCAGACACCAGCUGUGUCAGAGAAGUUCCAAAGCCGUUUUGGCCGCCGUCCUGGAACAUCGGACAGUGGAGACACCGGCAUCGGUACCUCAGCAUCGGACAGUACAGAAGAUUUCCGCAGUUCCAGCAGCAGCCCCUCAUUCCAGCCCAUCCGCAGUCAGAUCCCCAUCCCCACUGCUCAUGUCAUGCCAUCCACGGCCGGAUCCCUGGCCACCAAGCCUCAUUCGGGGAUCCAGGAGGAUUCCCUCUCCUCAGAGGGUCAGAGGACUUCUUCUGGUUCCAGGACACCAAGUGGCUCCACAUCCAAGUCUUCCUCGCUCUCCAAAUCAGCAUCGUCCCCCAAUUUGGACGUUCCGACUGGCAUGGGUAGUGAGCCCAUAGGGUCGAAGCCGGACUGCUUGAGCCGCUAUCGAAGCCUGGUCAACGGACUGGAUCACUCACUUUACCCUGCUGAUUUCACUCGGGUGGAUGAAAGCCAGAGGUUCGACACCCCGGCCAUGGAACCUACGCUAAAUCAGUCGGCCCUGCUGGGGGGGUUGUGUCCUGAUGUAAGACUCCGGUUACAGACGUCAGGGAUUAGAGACGGCCCAGACUGUGUGUCUGAUCCCUACAGGGGAGGCAUGGACCGCCAGUAUAAAGUCCUGCCUGAAGCAAUACCUGGAGUUCCAGGCUCCUCAGAACUCUCCAGUCACAGGGCUGGUCAGCCUGGUGCUGCUGGAUCCACCGGAGUUUAUGCAAGUCCUCUUAGCCUGCAGACCCAAGCUCUGCUGCGGGAACAUACCGGCUCCAAGGGUUUUGAAUCAAUGCGGCAGGACCGGUGUGGCGAACUGUCCAGUUGGCAGCAGCAACAUCAACACAAGCAGCAGCUGGAGAGCUUACGCAUGCAGGUGGAACAGAUGCAGUUGAUGAAUGCUGGAGUGGCUCAGUACACGUCCAUGUACCCGGCGGCCGUGCACUCCGAGUCUGGCAAGUGGGACGCUCUGGUGAAAGCCAGCGAGAGUCUGCUGAAGGAGAAGGAACUCAUCAUCGAGCGGCAAAAGCAGCACAUGACUCAGCUGGAGCAGCGCCUGAGAGAGAGUGAGCUCCAAGUCCACGGGGCUCUACUGGGAAGAGGAGCAUCAUACGGCGACAUGUACAUGCUCCGCCUGCAGGAAGCUCAGAGAGAGAACGCCUUCCUCAGGGCACAGUUUGCCGAGCGCACUGACUGCGCGGCACUGGAGAAAGCAGAGGCUGAGCGCAGACUGGGCGCAGUCGAGGCGGAAACACGGCGGCUGACUGACAGCCUGAAGGAGACGUGUGAGCGGCACACAGAGGAGAUGAAGAAACAGGAAGAGAGGAUCCGGAGUCGAGACAAACACAUAAGCAACCUGAAGAAGAAGUGUCAGAAGGAGGCCGAGCAGAAGAGGGAGAACCAGCAGCGCAUCGAGACUUUGGAGCGCUACCUGGCCGACCUGCCAACCUUGGAGGACUACCAGAGCCAGAACAAGCAGCUCCAGGAGGCAGAGCAGCGGGCGGCUCAGCUGCAGGAGAAGGUGAAAGAGCUGGAGGCCUCUCUGGAGGUGACGCGCGCACAGCUCAGGGAGAAAGUGGCCCUGCUGGAGGAGCAGAAACGACGAGAGCGAGACCUGCUAACCACCAUCACAGACAUGCAGCAGCGGGUGCAGCAGGGUCUGGAGGACGGUGCACGGCUGCCCACACUGGACAUGGAGAAGCUCAGAGGAGAGAACGGAAGCCUGAAGGAGGAGCAGCAUAAGCUGAAAAAGGUUAUUGAAAAGCAGCACCGGAUGAUGGAGCAGUUUGGCUCUCAGAUUCAGACUCUGAAAGAGCAGAUCUCACAGGAAGAGAGCAGCUCUCAGGCUCUCAGAGAGGAGGUGCUGUCCAAAGAGCAGAAAGUGUCGGAGCUCCGUGCCGCCAUGAAGGAGCUGUCGGCCCAGAACCAGGAGCUGAUGGAGCAGAAUCUGACGCUGCAGGAGCAGAUGAGUGACUCGGAGCAGAACAGCAACCAGGCCGCCUCCGCCCUGCAGCCGGCCGGAGCUCGGCUGACUCAGAAGCUUCACACGGAAAUGGCUUCCUGCCUGAGUGACCUGCGCUCGCUGUGCAGCAUCCUGACCCAGAGAGCUCAGGGCCAGGACCCCAACCUGUCCCUGCUGCUGGGCCUCACCUCGCCCCCACCUGUUCCGGAGCAGCACGAGGACUGGAUGAGCCCGGAGGUUCUGCAGAAGAAGCUGGUGGAAGCGCAGCAGCUGAGACGAGACGUGGAGGAGCUGCGUAACGCCAUUCUGGACCGUUACGCACAGGACAUGGGGGACAACUGCAUCACCCAGUGAGACCCUUUAAGAAUCUCUCUCAAGCCUCUUUAAUGAAUGUCAGGACUGGAUUUUAAUUUUCUUAAAAGGAGGACAAAGGAAAGCCCAAGUGGUUCUCCCUCCUCUAGCUCCCCGUCCCCUGGUGAGUUGGUCUAUUUCAGUCCAAGGGCUAACCGAAAGCAACCUCCAUUACUUGAUCCUCCAGAUUGUGUUCGACAGUGAUGACCUGUGAUCUUUUACCAAACAGUCUUAGACCUUUGUGACCCUUGUGCUUAAUUUAUUCAGACUUCCCUCCUCAGGGGAGUUUUUUUUUUGAGAAGUGGUUGACAAUCAACUGAAGUAUUUAAGGACCUUUGUUGCGCCAUUAUUUGAAAUGGUGGAAAAGUGUACCAUAGGGUUUAGACUGGCCGGAGGGAGGAUUUGGAAACCAAACCAGUGCUCUUGCACAGCCCUAACCAAAGAAUCUCGGCCAGCGUGAAUGUCUGAGUGCGUCUUCCUGCUCCCGACACCAACUUGUGCCUUCGUCUCACCAUUCGCUGCAACCUCUGAGGGCCGCGAGCGCCGGCCUCCUCCGGAACACGUCUCUCAGCGCGUCGGCCCGGUAGAAUAGCCGAGACAUUCCCUGACUCUGAAUGUAGGAAACGCAGGGCCUAUCGCAGCUUCCCAGUCAGACAGUGACUCGCUAUGUUCUGUAUGUUUCAGGUUUGUAAUGGCUGAUUGGCUUUAACAAUUUGACCGACAGUAUUAUUUAUUUUUGUUUGCAUUGACAACGAAAAGUGUUCUAUAACAUAUUUCUGUAAUACUUCUGUGAGUGUCUGAAGGUCCUAUGGGGUGUGGUUGGAUGACGGAGGGGUCGGCUGGUCCCCCUGAAGUCAUGUUGGUGUUCGGCAGAAUUGAUUUCCUCUGUAUGCAAAUGAAGCCACGUGGGGAAACCUGGACUCUCCACAGUUGAAGCAAGGGAUUCCGCCUGUGGCAAAAUAUGCAAGACUGUCUUUUGUACCGCAACUUUCAUUUCACGGGACCUGUGAACGAGCACAACACCUCUUUUGGAACGUCCAGCUCGCAUGCCUUACCAUCUCAAAUGUUUUGCAAAAGGGAAAAGAUGUUUAUAUUUUCAUACUUUGUCGUUUUUGCAUAUUUUAGAAAUAAAGAUUUUCAACUUUGACUUGUUUUGAACGGGUUUGUGCUCCGGUUCUGGUCAUGAGGCUUGGUUCUUCUCAGGAG